AUGGAGGCUGUACUGGGGCAGGUGGAGCAGCUGCCGGCGCUCCUGGCCGUGUCCCGCUCCGCGCUGGUGCGGGACUGGGACUCCCUCACGCUGGAUAGGGCUCUGGAGUGGGCCCGCUAUUUUCAGCACCUCUAUGACCGGUUUCGUGCCCGUCCCCAGCUCCGGGAGGUCCUCGGGCGGCGGCUGCGCCGGUCCCAGCCGUGCCCUCUGCUCGGCUUCCCCGCGCUGGGCCGCUGCCCGCAGCUGCUGGGGCUGGCGCUGCUGGAGAACCGCGCUCUGCCGCCCGCCGCCUGCCGCCGCCUGGUCCGCAGCCUCCUGCAGCCUCCCGGCGCGGGGCCUGCCUCCGACCCCCGGGGCCUGGAGCUGCUGGCCCGCCGCAAGGCCGCUGCCCGCCUGCUGGCCUUGCCCCGCCAUGCCCCCGGGCCGGAGCCGCAGCUGCAGGCGGAGGCGCGGCUGCUGCUGAGCCGGCUGCGGCAGGAAGCCCGGGAGGCCGCGGGGCAGCUACGCUGGCUGUGCGGGGCUCUGGAGCUGCUGCCCCAGCCCCGCGCUUUCGGGGUGGUGGCGGCGGCGCUGGCUCUGCUCAAGCAGGGCCGUGGCGCUGAGCAGGCCGGAGACGGGCAUGGGGAUGGGGAUAGGGAUGGGAGCAGCAGCCCAGACGGGUACCAGGAGAGUGCUGCAGGAGAGGAAUGCACCGCCGGGCUCCUGCUUUCCUGGCUGCUGGGCAACCAGGAUCGAUUUUCUGCCUUCUGCCUUUGCAUCCCAAGUUCCCAUCUUGCCUUCCUAGCUGGUCAGUAUUCCCAGUUAUGCAGAUCUUAUUUGGACCUCUUAACCGGCUGGGGAAGGCACUUGCACUAUGACCCUUUGCAGGGACAGUGGGUUAAAAGUUGCCUUGACAAAGCUGAAUUGUCCUGGGAGGAAUUAAGGGAGCACUUCAUCUGCCUCUGUCAGGGAUCCACGCCGCUCAAAGAGCAGACCCAAGCUGCUCUGGAACUCCUGAGGACACAAGAUGGAGACUUCAGAGUCCGUGGCCUAAGUGUGUGGACUGACUUACUGAUGGAAGUGGGCUACUCAUGCGUGGACACAAAAACAACGGGGAAACUUACAAAAUCAAGUACAUCUGGUUAACUUUAUUUGGUGUGAAAGGCAAGACAACUACUCCUCACUUCCUUGAAAACCAAAUGCUACUGUGACUGCUGAUCACAAUGAUUCUGAUUGCAUCUGGUUCUGAAAUCUUUCCGGGAGGUCUGGUGUUUUCUUCUUGUUGUGCUGUCAUUUCUGGUCAACACAGAAAAUUUCUUCCUUUUCAGUACUUGCUGAUUAAUUAUCUAAUAAAAUGAAGAAAAUCCA